AUGGAAGACAACCAAACCAAUUCCGGCAACCUCCCCGCCUCCGCCGGCGAGCCCGUGCGCUCGCGUUGGACGCCAAAGCCGGAACAGAUCCUGAUACUUGAAUCCAUCUUCGAAAGCGGAAUGGUGAAUCCAGCCAAAGAAGAAACAGUAAGAAUUCGCAAGCUUCUGGAGAAGUUCGGUUCGGUUGGGGAUGCGAACGUGUUUUACUGGUUUCAGAACCGGCGGUCUCGUUCCCGCCGCCGCCAGCGCCAGAUUCAGGCGAGUCUUGCCGCCGCUUCGGCUGUGGCUGGAGGCGGAAAGACGAUGGAGUAUGAGAAGUCUGUUGCGGCGCCGGCAGCGGUGGCAAUGGCGUCCUGUUCAACAAGUUGUACUUCGUCGUCGUCGUCUUCUUCGAGUUCUUCUGGCGGUGGUGGUGGGGCCGGCUUUUAUUAUGGUGCUUCCUCUUCGGUGAAUCCGAGUUCAAUGUCGUCAUUAGCUGGGUUCGUUGGGAGUUACAAGGCUGAUGAUUUGUUCUCUAUUUCUCAGCAAAUGGGGGCUGUUGGAGAAGAUAUUUAUACUGGAUCUUAUGAGGCGGCGCAGAUGCAGUACCAGCCUGGAAGCAUAACUGUGUUCAUCAAUGGGAUCCCUUCAGAAGUUCCAAGCGGACUAAUUAACAUGAGAGCCAUGUUUGGUCAUGAUGCCAUGCUCAUCCAUUCUUCAGGGGAGCCCCUCCCCAUUAAUGAGUAUGGAAUCCUUCUGCAGAGCUUGCAGAUGGGAGAAAGCUACUACUUGGUUGCAAGACCUACUUAAUUUAGUAGGGCUGAUCUUGGCAUUGAGAAAUGGGAUGAUGGAGUUGAGGAAAUCUUUAAAAAUAAGGCAUGAAUGAGCUGGUGAUUUCUUUUUUUUCAUGCAUGCAGAAAAUGAUAGGUGCCUUCUUGUCAUCCAAGGCAUCCAUGUGCUUCUGCCAGGGUUGGAAAUUAUGAGAUUUUUCUCUUUUUACGUUAGAUUUAUGUAAUCAAAGAGCUUGCAUGAACUGGUUCCUGCCUUCAUGUGAACCACUAUAAUAUUAUAACUAGGAUA